AUGCCCCCCAAGCGUCGUCGUGAGAAGACCCCCGAUGGGCGCGCAGUCCAGCCUCGCGUUGCCACCAACAAUGCUGCGACCGGCGCUGGAACCGCUGGGUCCGUCUCCAUUACCGACGCCGCUGGUGGUGCCCGCGUGGCCCAGUCGUCCAACCUCAACUUCGCCGUGACGCUCAACAACGAUUCGAACCAGAUCAUCCUGGACAAGCUUGCCGAGCUCGCCAACGCCAUUGCCGCACUCCAGCGCUCCCAGAAGACAGACGCCGAGUCCCACCGCACGGAAGUCGGAUCCCUUCGCGAGCAAGUCGAGUCCAUUGGCAAGCAGGUGGAGGAACAAGGACAGGCGAUCAAGUCCAUUCGUCGUGCCCAGACUAAGCAGGGACCGGUCCUCAAGCACCUCCUUUGUACCUCCGUGUCACAACGCCACAUUGGCAUGGUGCCAUCUAUUCAGUCCACCCCGAUACAUUCUACUAUAACUAGCCCGUACCGAGCCUAG